AUGUUGAACGAACAAUACACGGAAUGUAGAGUUCUACCCACCAUCAAUGAAACUUUCCCUCGAUUUGGUCGAUCUAUUGCAUCGCUGCUCUCGCCACUUGACUUAUCGUUGCGCGCCUCCAACAUCAUACCGAUAACACCACCCUCAACACCCUCUCCGCCGCGCAAGCGUCAAAGAUUAAUGUCAGACGAGAAUUACCUUUGGCGACCGCACGCCAUGGGAACCACACAACUAACACCGUUAACAACGUUGCCACCAGCAACUGCCACAGCCACAGCAGCAGUGUCCACCACCGUCACUGGUAGCAAUUACCUGCCUCAACUACCUUUAAGCUACGAUUGUCGUCAUGAUGAAUUAGCGCCACAUCAUGCAGCGUCCAGCGGCUAUAAAAACAAUUUGCACGAAAUAAGAAAUAGCGCUGAAGAAAUUCCAGAAAGUCAAGCAAGCGCAAUGCGCCCCAUUCCACAUGAGACAACAAUGCGAGAGCCACAACAACAACAACUCUUACAACAAACGAAACAACAAAGCCAAUUGCCCAUUAUAUGCGUGGACGACGAAACGAUUGUGUUGACCGAGGACGAGGAGGAAACACUUGUCAGUUCACACGGCUACACUGAGGACAUGGAUGACGAAGAAGGCGACGACGAGGACGAUGACAAUGACGAUGAUGAAGCUGUGGUGGGGGCGUUUAGGAGGGCUGCUUUUAGACCAACAUUGUACACGGAUAUUAGUAAUGAGGAGAGUAAGAAAAAAUAUGAUGGGGGACGGGACGACGAUGAGAAGGCGGAGGAUGAGGACGAAGAGUAUGUAGACAUCUUGAGCAACGAUGACGACGACGUAAAUCCGCUCAAUAGCGCCAAUUUCAUGCAACGUCUGCAGAGUCAAGCACUGGAGGAGGAGCUGGAAAAGUCCGGCAAAGUAUUGACGCGCAACAAACUCACCUACGCGAAUGAGGAGUUGCAUCAUCGAGCCAUUGAUGGUUUGGCAAAAUUAUUCGAAAGAGAUUUUCUUGUACCAAAGAGUGUAGGUGAGGGGCAUGAUAAUACUUUACUGGCAACCAAACAAACGAACAUCGCGAUGCCUAACAGAAACGAGGAGGCUGGCGUGAGUGAACCCAAUCGACUGGUACUUGGCGAAAAACCGGCAAUGAAAGCUAAUAGUUUUGGUCGCCACCAUCAACCACGCCCUCACAAAUCGGAGCGAAAGCGUAUGAAACUGCGCAAGCAUCAACUCGCAGUCGACGAGGAGACCAUUAGCCCAGUCUCGGGCACCAUUAUAAGGAAGUUGCGCGACGACGAAGAGUUGGUGGUGCGUAAAGGCGACAUUGAUCCGGCUUUCAAUGUGGUUGAAAUCACCGAAGAGGCUAAGGCGAUUUUGGCCAGCAUUGACAACAAAAUCGGCGCUUACCUGUGCCAACUGUGUCGCACACUGUACGAUGAUGCAUUCCAACUGGCGCAGCAUCGCUGCCCCCGCAUUGUGCACAUCGAGUACAAGUGCUCCGAGUGUGAAAAGGUAUUCAAUUGUCCCGCUAAUUUGGCCUCACAUCGUCGCUGGCACAAGCCCAAGUCCGAACUAAUGGCCAGCAGUGGACAAAGCAAGAAGCGACACUUGAAUGAGCACGCCAGUGGACAAGGCAUGACGCAUGAGAAGGGCAACGCACCCGAUGAGGGACCAGAGGGGAUUUACCCGUGUGCGCAGUGUGGCAAAAAUUUUCGACGUCACGCCUACUUGAAAAAGCAUCAAGCAUCCCAUCAAAUGUUGGAAAAUCUCAAAUCAUUGGACAUUUUCAAGGGUUCUUCCUCCAUUACAAAUCCCGGUUUUCCACAUCCAAUGCCACAGCCAAAAAAUCACUUCCCCUUCAGCAACGUUCCGGUAACAGCCACCGCACCCCGUUUACCACACACCCAUACACCCCACUUCAGCUCCAAUCACCCGCACACUAUUAAGCCUUAUCCACAACGUUUCAAUACCUUUCCCUUCCCCACCUUUGAUCAACGUCACUUCUAUUCACUGGGCGAAUUUUAUCUUUCCCAACAAUUGGAUCGCUCUUCCGCUUUCGAGUAUGCACAGGCAAAUCAUUUGCGUAACUUAACCGCUGCAGCGGGAGCUUUUGCGCCACGCCCCCAACUUGUACCACCACCAUCCACCCUCUUGGCUGCAAAAUGA